GCAGCCUUGCCGCUUACUGGCACCGAUUGAUCGAAAUUGGAUCCUUCGGAAAUCUCAAACCAACUCCGCACUUCCCCCUCUAUUCUGUAUUUUUUUUUCAUCUUCAUCUUCAAUUUGAAGGUGCUGCUGGAUGGAGCAAUAGUCCGACCCUCGAAUGAGACUGCUCUGAAUAUUGGCUUGAAUCGCGGUCGCUCUCCCGAACUACUCUAUCCAAUAGAGCAGGCGGGGUGCACCUUACAGGCCCACAGCCACUGAAUAUUCACCCUAGGCACCUACCGAUUCAAAGCUUACAACGCUUCCGGGGCUUGUUGGUCAACUUCUGCAAUCAUGGCACCCUUGGCGGCAGAACCACGCCAGCUCCUCGUCGUGCUCAACCCUGCGAAGCGACGUGCUUUGUUCCAGCUCGUAGAUGAGAUCACAAAGUACAUGCGCUCGCAGCUACUUCUCCAACCGAAGUCGCAAAAUGACUCUGACGGUAAAUCAUCAAGCGACGCGCCACUGCGUCGUCCAAGUGGUGUUGAUCAUACCCAUGGACAGCGUGGGAAUCAGCAGCAGGCAGAAAGAUCACAGCUAGAGCCUGUAGAUUAUCAAGUUUCGAGGAUCCGCCGGGCAGCCAUCUCGCAUAUUGAUGAGUGGAGACUUACUGUCCUCAAGGCGAUUAAGGAAGUCGCCUCAGCCGCUGACGACGACAAGAUCCUCCAGGCCAGGAAGGAGAGGCAGGUGAAGAUGGAACGGAGCAAAGUCGAUAACCCUCGUCGCGGAGGGGACUUGAUGGAUUUUGGUGAUGGUAGCAAUGCAGCCGAUUCAAAAGACGAGAAUCAGGAUCAGGACCAGGAUCAGGACUUGGCAUCAUUUCAAGCUUUGUAUCAUCCUAUACCUACCCGCCUGAGCACGAUCCCGCGGGAAGACCGCGAAGAGGCACUUAGCUGUGUCCUUGUGACUGUCAUCUCCAGUGGAGUAUAUGCCGCCCAUUCUCGGACUCUGGCUUGCUAUCUUGCCUCGGCCCUGAAUCUCCCGCUGGCUGUACUGGUGCGGGAAGAGACCGAGAUUGCCAACUCAUUGGUAGAGUCGUCUACUUCAGACGAAGCCAAGAAGCAGCAGCAAGAACUCAUGUCGGCCGAGGCCGAGGCCGAGAAGCGGCGCAAGGAGGGCCAGGCCGGCCGUUUCUGGAAGGUUGGAUUGGCCUCCGUCGCUGGCGCUGCGGUUAUCGGCAUAACGGGCGGGUUAGCUGCCCCUGUUGUUGCCGGCGCCAUUGGUGGGCUGAUGGGCAGUGUAGGCCUGGGAGGACUAGCAAGUUUUCUUGGUGUGUUUUGGAUGAAUGGUGCGUUGGUUGGUACACUUUUCGGGGCCUUUGGGGCCAAGAUGACGGGGGAGAUGGUGGAUCAAUAUGCUCGCCAGGUUGAGGACUUCCGCUUUCUCCCUCUAAAAGAAGAAUGGGGUCGAGAAUAUUCACAACAUGAAAAGGGUUCUAGACGUUUACGUGUCACUAUAGGCAUCAAUGGCUGGCUCAACACCAAAGAAGACGUCACCAAGACCUGGCGCCCACUCGGCGAUGAGUCCGAGGUCUUUGCUCUGCGGUACGAGAUGGCAAGUCUUCUCGCUUUGGGAAACUCGCUCGAGACUCUUGUCAAAUCUUAUGCUUGGUCCAUGGUCAAGUCGGAAAUCAUCCGACGAACAGCGUUAGCUGCACUGGGAGCAGCAUUGUGGCCUAUCGCGCUUAUACAAACAGCCUCUAAUGUCGACAACCCUUUUAGUCGUGCCAAGAAUCGGUCCGAGAAAGCCGGCAUGAUACUCGCCGAUGCGCUCAUCAACAAGGUUCAGGGCGAGCGCCCUGUUACCCUGAUUGGCUACUCGCUUGGUGCCCGUGUUAUCUACUCAUGCCUGGAAUCGCUUGCAGAGAGAAAGGCUUUUGGACUGAUCGAGCAGGUUGUGUUCAUUGGAGCCCCUAUUCCUUCUGACCUCGAUCGCUGGCAAAAGAUUCGGAGCGUCGUUUCAGGCAAGAUGUUCAAUGUCUACUCCGAGAAUGACUUCAUCCUGGCCUUCCUGUACCGAGCAACGAGUAUUCAGCUUGGCAUUGCUGGGCUUCAGCCUGUCACAGAUCUAGAGGGUGUCGAGAACCUUGACCUGAGCGAUGCAGUCAGUGGACACCUGCGCUAUCCCGGACUCAUCGCCAAGAUACUUACUCGCUGUGGCUUUCCCAAUGUUAGAGACGGCGAGGGGCCGAUUGAAGAAGAUAAGGAGGCUAUUCAGAUGCAGGAUGACGAUGGCAGCCACAAAACCGGAAGUCUUAUUGAUUUUGAGGAGCCCACUGGAGGCAAGGAUGGACCGAUUGCACAGAAAACACCAGGCAACCAGACAUUGCCACACAGGCCUGGCAGGAACACUGUUGCCAGAUCGAACUCGGAGAUGUUGUUACAGCAAAUGGACCCUCUCGGUAGCUUGGAGCGUAUGGACUAUGAAGGGAAAGCUGUAUCGGCCAGUGCGCCCCAGCUUCCAGGCCUUGGAGCUUCUGCGUUUCCAUAUAUGCAGGGAAAUACCAACUCUGACUCUGGCGACGCAGCUUCGUUUUCGAAGGACGCCGAGCAGAGGCCUAUGUCCAAGCCCUUGACCAAGUCGCCACCUCAAGAGGACAGUGAAGGUGAAGACAGUGACGAGGGCUGGACUGGGAUUCAAAUGAUCGACAAAGACGAACUUGACGAAGUUGGCCCGCCACCUCCAAAAUAAGGUUCUGGAACUGGUUCAUAUUACGAUCUUUUUCCUCAAUAGAACAGUAGCGGCACAUGUCAUAUAUAGCACUUUUAAAAAUGGAGUGGUUGGCCCAUCGCUAGCUGACCAACUUGAACACCAUCCGGAAAUUCGUCUCUAUGUAUAACACAUAUAGUCUGCAUGAUAUGAG